UUAUGAAAACAUUGUUUUGUUGUAUUCUUUUGAUGUUGAAUAAGUUUAUACGAUACUAUUACUACUUUUUCCCCUAUGUUUUUUACUAUAGAAAGAUAGACUUUAUAAUUUGUAUUCGAAAUAUUUUUGUCCGAAAUUGUAAGACUCGUUGGAAAAAUGAGGACUUCGAAGUCACGUGUAACGUACUAAGAGAUCAUCGAAUGAUUAUCUAUUGACUAUUUCGACGAUACGUUUGUGGUUACAAGCAAAUAAAAAUGACUGAUUUGUGGUUAGGUGUUAUCAAAGCAUAAAUUAUACUGUGUUAAAAUAAAGAAAUUUAUUCGAAUAAAUGAACGCAACAAGAUUAUUAUCUACUGUCUCUAUAACAAGUGUUACUCGUAAUAUUCAUAUCAUACUGUCUCGUCAGGAACAAAAGGUAAACUCGAAUCUUUUGACUGAUACGAGUACAUCUUUUGGAUUAUCGUAUUAUAUCUUUCACAUGCUCGAGUUGCCCCUGCAACACUCACUUUUCGGAUAUCAUUGCAAAAGUGCAUCAGUUCCAGAAAUACUAUUUUCAACAUACUCAAACAUAAUUGAGUCCAUGGUUAAUCCAAUGACACAUCAAGAAUUUAAGAAAAAUAUUAUGGAACCUCUUUUGGAGACUUGUUAUACUGCUAAUAGUAAUUCAGCAACCUGUGAUAUACCGUAUAAUAUUUCUAAUACAAAGGUGGUAAGUCAUAGAGGCACUGACACAAUGGCAAAUGAAAUGGCUAUUAAUUCAUGUAUGGAACAUACAUCUUUACAACAAAGAACUAUUAUCGAUAAGCAAAAUUAUAACACGAUAAGGAAAUGGAAGAGAUUGGGAAAAGGGAAACUACAGAUAGAUGGAGAUGAUGCAUUUGUGUUUAGAAUAUUGUCUUUCAAUAUUCUUGCACAAAAUCUUUUAGAAGCUCAUCCAUAUCUAUACAUGCAACAUGAUAGAGAAGCAUUAUCUUGGGAUAUACGAAAGCCCCUUUUGUUACAAGAAAUACUUGAAGCACAGGCUGAUGUUAUAUGUCUCCAAGAGAUGCAGGAAAAAUAUUUAAAUGAAUUUUUAAAACCUUUUAAAGAACUUGGAUAUAAAUAUCUUUACAAGAAACGGACUAAUGAUAAAGAGGAUGGUUUACUAUUGUUGUAUCAUUCUGAUCAAUUCAAUUUGGUAGAUUACAUGAAAGUAGAAUUUUAUCAACCAGGCAUAGAACUUCUUAACAGAGACAAUGUUGGGAUAGUUGCAAAAUUAUCAUUUCGUGACAGUCCAAAUACGCAGAUUGUUGUAGCUACUACCCACUUGCUUUUUAAUCCAAGACGAAAUGAUAUAAGAUUAGCACAAACUCAACUACUACUUACAGAAAUAGAAAAAAUUGCAUUUAUUGAAAAUACAGCAUUGGGCCCUAAAUAUCUACCUAUUAUUUUUUCGGGUGAUUUUAAUUUGAAGCCUUAUACAGGCGUUUAUAAAUUUAUAACUGAGGGAUCUUUUGAAUAUUAUGGUAAAGGCAAAAAUCUGGAACCUACUGAAUUUCGUGCUUUAUCUUAUUUAUUAAUACCUCCACUAUUACAUAUUACGGAUAACUGUCAAUAUUUUCAUCUCUUAAUAAAAAGAUUAAAAGAAAAUAUUACUGGAGAUGCAGAGAAAAAGGACACUAAAUAUGCUGAUAAACAAGAUACAUCAUAUGGCGUAGCUGUAUUUAAACAAACUGAAUUUGAUACAAAGAAAAUUGAACCUCAACUUAUUGAAAUAACGCAAAAUAAUUAUGUCAAAUUUUCAUCUGGCAGAUUAACACAUCCUUUUAAUUUGCAUAGUGUUUAUAAACAUACAAACAAACAUGGAAAAAAAGAAGUAACAACUAAUCAAGGGGAAUGGAUUACAGUUGAUUAUAUAUUCUAUAGUGAUCUUGAACCAAUAGAUAUAUACACCUUGCCAACUGUUGAAAAAUGUAAAGAUUUACCUACUAUACCUAACUUUGCUGUUGGAAGUGAUCAUUUAUGCUUAGGGGCUAGUUUUAAGAUAUUGAAGAAAAAAUAAUAAAAAUACAGGUAAACAAAUA